AUGUCCUUUAAGACACCUGUCGCAUGCCUGCGCUGCGCUGCUCGACGCCUGAAAAUACAUCAAACACACACUCCUCUCGGAACUUUAUACCAGACCGGCCGGCAUUUUUCAAAAUCUGCAACACUGUCAUCUAAUUCUUCAUUACCAGCAGCCAAAUCGGAUGCGUUCAUUCCCCGCCAAACCCUCAGCUUCUACCUCGCCCUUCGGGCCCUUAACGUUUCCCUCUCCAUGAUCCCCGACACCACCUCGACCCCGACAAUCGGACUGAUGCGUCUUCAAUUCUGGCGGGAUACAAUCACACGAACGCUAGCCGGUAAACCGCCAAAGGAGCCCAUUGCCAUUCUGCUCGCAUCGGCGCUCUCAGAGCUUGACACGCGCACAGGGGGCCAAGCACGAAUAAGCAAAGGAUGGUUCCUACGGAUGAUAAACUCGCGCGAACAAUACCUUACAAACACGCCUUACACAUCCAUAUCUGCGCUGGAGUCAUACGCUGAAAAUACCUAUUCCACCCUGCUCUAUCUAACCCUCAGCGCCCUGCCCCUGACUUCCGUUACAGCAGAUCACCUCGCAUCGCACAUAGGAAAGGCAGCAGGAAUCUCCACCGUGCUACGGGGGAUACCACUAAUUGCUUUCCCGGGACCCCCAAACCAUCACUCGAACCAACAUGGGGGCUUGGGCGGUGGAGCCGGCGGUGGUUCUGGCGCUCGGGUCGGAACCAUCACGCUUCCGCUCGACGUCAUGGCAGAAACAGGACUAAAGGAGGAAGAUGUCUUUCGACACGGCGCGGAAGCCCCAGGACUUCGUGAUGCGGUGUUCACUGUUGCGACUCGUGCGAGUGAUCAUCUCAUCACCGCCCGUCAAAUGCUUAAAAACCUGCGAGCCGGGCAGGGUGUAGGCCAUGAUUUUGAGCAUACAGGGGAGGAGGGACAUGAAUACAAUGAUGUCAGUAGCAGUGGAAACGGUGGCGAUAUGUCAACUUCCAGCGCACAGCUGGCAGAGGUGGAAAGAUCGUUUGGUGUCCUGAUACCUGCUGUCUCGACGUCCCUCUGGCUAGAUCGUUUGCAAGCGGUGGAUUUUAAUAUUUUUAAACCGGAACUUCGCACAUUUGAUUGGAGGUUGCCUUGGAAGGCUUACUGGGCUAAUAGGCGUAGGGCAUUCUAG